AUGAGGAAAUCAAUCAGCAUCUUGAUAGUUUCUUUGUUGAUGCCAUGUAUUCUUCAUCAAUGAGCAUCUUGAUCAUUUCUUUGUUGAUGCCAUGUAUUCUUGGAUUGGAGAUGGAGGAAUUUUAUGGGGAUGAACGGGAAGCUUUGAUUCAACUGAGGGACAUAGUAACGUCGUCUUCAAACCUGCACGCGAAUUGGACAGGUCGAGCAUGCAUCAGCAAGAACCAGAGCAGGUGGGCUGGAGUUGGGUGCUCGGAUUGGCAUGUGACGCAUUUGGUCCUUGAAGGAAUCCAACUCGCCACUUCUCUCCCUCUCCCACCUAUGCUGUUCCACAACCUUACAUUCUUGACCAAACUCAGCUUCACAAACAAUUCCUUGCACGGUCCUCUUCCCAAUCUCACCAAUCUAGUGCACCUCCAGUAUGUUUUUCUCUCCAAAAAUCACUUCUCAGGCUCCAUCCCCUCUAACUACAUUGAUCUACCUGAGUUAACCAAACUUGAGCUACAAGAAAAUGAUCUGACAGGUCAAAUUCCCGCUUUCAAUCAGCGAAGCUUGAUCUCGUUCGAUGUCUCCAAUAAUCAACUCCAAGGGCCGGUACCUCCGACUAGUGUGCUCCAAAGAUUUCCGGAAAGCUCUUAUGCUAACAAUUCAGCUUUAUGUGGAUCUAUUCCAGGAUUGAGCCCUUGUCCUAUCGCCGUUGCUCCAGCUCCAUUUCAACCAUCAGCAAGGAACGAUGGUGGCCUCCAACCGUGGAGCAUUGCUCUGAUUGCAGCCGCAGCUCUACUUGUUCCUCUGUUUGUACUCUGCUGUUACAUGAGAAAAGCGAAAAAGAAAGAGGAGCUGGUAGUGGCAGUGGCAGGAGGAGAAGUUUACAAAGGAAAGCGAGAUGAUACGGAAACAAGUAUGGAAUUGGAGUUCAUGGAGAGGCCAAUAUUCGAGUUAGAUGAUUUGCUGCGGUCGGCUGCGGAGGUGAUCGGAAGGGGGAAGUUGGGCACGACGUACAAGGCGAUGCUGGAAUGCGGCUCCGUAGUGGCGGUGAAGAGACUGGAACACGUCAAGGCGCGGAGCAAGAAGGAGUUUGCGCAGCAGAUGCACCUGCUCGGAAGCAUCAAGCACCACAACCUGGCAGAGAUGAUCUCGUUUUACCAUUCCCAAGAGGAGAAGCUCAUCGUGUACGACUACGUACCCGAUGGGAGUUUGUUCAGCCUGCUACACGAGAAGAGAGUAUUGGAUUGGAAGAGCCGAGUAGGCAUCAUCAAGGAAAUAGCGACGGGGUUGGAGCAUCUCCACGAGAGCUCGACUUUGCACGGAAACCUCAAGUCUUCAAACGUGCUCAUCCAUCGCGACCAGAGCGGCAUCCCGCGGGUUAAGCUGACGGAUUACGGGUUAGUCGGGUUGGCGGCAGCGCAUAUGCUCUCGGUUGGGAGGACUCCGGAAUUUGCGGCGGGGAAGAAGGUGACGAGCAAGGCGGACGUCUACUGCUUCGGCAUUGUGGUGCUGGAGAUAGUGACGGGCAGAGUGCCGGCCAAGGAUCUGUCGGGAUGGGUAAGAGAGGCGGUGAGCAUCGACUGGUCCACCGAUAUCGUGGAUCUGCAAAUUGUGGGAGAGAAGGAAGGCUAUGAACACAUGUUGAGCCUCACUCAGAUGGCGCUUCAAUGCACGGAUCACCUGCCCCACCGGAGACUUAAAAUCGCCCAACUUCUCACUACAAUACACAACACUACCUAACAUGGACUACACAUCUAUGUUUUAUUAGUUCCAGUUAGUUUUUUACAAAAAUUGAUGUAAAUAUAUCAUCAUCAACCCAUUCAGUUGUAAUCAGUGUCAUGUUGCUAUUCUAAUUGCUUCAUUGCAAAGGAAUGUAACUAAUUCAUUCAGAUAAAAAUCAAAUGUUAGUCAUAGUUAUCGAUCAGCUAGCUGCAGGUUUUUGGUUGUUGGAUAAGCAUGCCCACAAUACCAGCUGACUAGCUUCACGGUACUAGUAUAUAUCCGAUUACUUGUAUUUUUAUGUCCACAAAUUUCACCCUGCUCAUGCACAAAUUUCACCUUGCU